AUUCUUCUGGUCACACGCCGGGAAAGCGACGGAUUUUCUACGACUGUAAAAUUACGGAUUGUUUUAGAUUUUCGACUGUUAAAAACAAAACUUCAGUAAAACUCUCGAGUGUUAAGUGUGUUUAGAAAGCGUGUGUUAGUGAUAAUAUUGUAACAAGUAGUUGAAAAAAAAUUGUUGAAUCAGAUUUACAGGGUGACUCACAGAAGAAAAUCACUGUAACCUUUUUUUACUCUAAGACAUUUUCAAUAACAGUUUCUUGUUUUCACUUUACCCUAAGUAAAUGCGGAGGAUGUUAUAACUAAAGUGUAGUGAUAGUUAGAACAGUACAUUUUCGUCGAUAUUCCUGAGGUAAAAUGGGCUGUAAUACCAGUAAAGAUACUGUCCCAGUAGAAAAUGAAACUAAAGAACAUCAAGAAGGAGAAAGUGAGAAUAUUGUUGAAGAUAAGAAGGAGAUAAAACUCUCAGAAGAGGGUUCCAAGGAUGUAGUGGGUAAUCAUGUUGAAGAAUCAACAAAUUCAAAACCAGCUUCUGCCAAAACAAUUACUCUCCAAUCAAACGACUCGACUAAUAUUCCUCCCAACAUAUUCCGAGAAAAUUCUAAAGAAUCAACCUUCGGUGACGUCGGGGACGGUGCUACUUCGGUUGAAAACGAAAGCCAAUUAACCCCGACAGUAGCCCAACAAGACUCGAAAGACGAAGAACGAGCGGCCACUAAAAUCCAGGCAGUGUUUCGAGGACAUCAAACGAGAAAAAGUAUGAAACAACCGACCGGGAAAGUAGAGCCAUCCAAGGCCAAUACAAACUCAAAUGAGCCCACUAGGGAGGAACUUGAGGCGGAAUUUCGGUUAGAUGAUGCCGAAUUAUGUAAUGCCGCUACAAAAAUACAGGCUUCUUUUAGAGGUCACAUGACUAGAAAGGGCAAGGAAGAACAUCAGAAAAGUGAAUCUAGUACUUCUCAAGUUAAAACACCGAAUCCAGAAGAGGAAUUGGACAUCGAUCUUUCAGAUCCAGAUUUGAACAAAGCUGCUGUCAAAAUACAAGCUUCUUUCAGAGGCCACAUGACUCGUAAAGAUGAUCAAAAAUCCACUAAUUGAACAGUGGAAAGUACAUUUUUAGGAGACAUUAUCUUUUAUCUGGGUAUUGUCAGAACGGUCGCGAUUUGAUGUAAUUUGUCUGCAAUUAGCGAUUCAUCGAGACAUUUUCGUUCAUAUCAGAACUACAGAGAUAUUAGAUAUUAUCUUCGUUGUGAUUAUAAUCUUAUUAGAAGUAGAUAACCAAGUUUUCUAUGCUUUUACGAUCGUUUCGAAAUAAAACUGCGUUGCUUAUUCAUUCGAUUUUGACAAUAUAAUUUAUGAAGAUUUAAAAAAAAAACAACUGAAAGGGAAUCCUUACAGUAGGUAUCGUUUUAUAUUUAAUUUCUACCAGAAUAUUAUUGCAUAUGCCAUAAGAAUACUCUUAAUUCAAAGCAUGUGAAAAAACAAAGAGAAAGAGUUUAAUAAGAUUUUACCUGUAUACAUAUGUAUAUCCAAAUCUCACAAAUUGAUGUUGAAAGCAAACUUGUGAUCCUUUCUUAAUUCUAUACCAACUUAGAUUUAACGAAUUUGAAAAUUAGACUAACAAGGUAAAAGUUUUUAAAUGCUUAUGAUAAUUCUAAACUUAUAUUGAUGUUGCUCAGGCCAAAUUAUAUGAAUUUUGAACAUUAAACCUUCAUUGAAAUUACAUUGUAAACGGUUAGGUUGAUCUUGCUAUUGAUUUAAAUGUGGAUGUAAUAUUAUGAUGUUGUUAAGAGGCAUAAAAAUUAGCAACGUUAUCAGUGAUGAUGAAGUUCAUAGGGAUAAGAAAGUUGACGCAACAAAACUGAUACAAACUACAAGAUCUUCCAGAAAUCUGUCCGCUAAAAUAUAUUGCAUCAUUCAUUGCUCCAUGUCAAGCAGCCUCUACUGAAUUUAGUUUUUAGCGAAAUUGAAAUUUGAUUUAACUCACUGAGUGAGAAAUUUAAGCAGUAACGAAUAUUUGAAAACUUUUACUUUAUGUAGCUUAUCAAAAAUGCUUUAUUGGAAUAAUCUAAUUGCGAACAAGCCUUUUCAUUCAAUAGCUUUUUAAUUGCCAAUUGAUAGUUACCAGAUGUUAUAAAUAAUUAUUUAAGUAAUAAAACUCAAUAAAAUGAGCUAAUAAAUUAUUAACAGAAAGUUAAUAUAUAUCUAAAACAUAAAGAAAUGUAGAUAUAUAGGACGUUUUCACAUGCAAAUUGUGUUUUAAGAAUAUUAAUUCCAAAUAAUUAAAUUAAAUUUGUUUCAAUGGCAUUCCAAUACUAGUGACAUGUGAAAUGAAGAUAAUUUAUACGUCAUCCCUUCGAAUAAUUGUAGCCUUGGAAUGAUCUGGAAAUCCUCUUUGAGUUACUUUUGUUAUUUCAUUUAAAAUAACGUUAAUUCUUUAAUAAUUUUGAAACAUAAUCACUUUAUUAUGCUUUAUUUAUCAUCUAAUGAUUGCUUUAUAUACAAUCUAGUUCUAAGGGCUACUCUGUUACCAAUACUUCUUUAGCUCCUUCAUUCCAUGUCCAGUACAGCUUUCAUCAAAUACGCAUUUUAGUCUUAAUAUUUUUCCAUAUCAUUUUAAAAUACCCCCUACCUAAAUAUUUUCAGUUCUACCAAUGAAAACACCCAAAAUUUGUGGAUAGAAGAAUAAAGAAAAUUCGUGUCUAGUUAAAGUCACUUUGUUCUCUACAGUGGCCAAUUUCAACAAGUGAAGGAUACAUUAUCAAACUUUCAUAUGCAACGCAAAAAUAUUGCCAACUGACAUUUUGGACAUUAGAUUUUUGAUUUCCUAGUUUAGACUGAAUGUUCUAUAGAACAGUAAAAAAUUUAUUGGAAGUAUCCAGUUUAAGUACAACAGUUAAUACUUCUUGUAAAACAUCUGGUACUUAUUAAAAAUGCACAUGAUAGGAUUCUAAUAAAAUAUAAUGUCAUAGGUUUUGAUUACCGACUUAUUCCUUAUGUCUUUUUAAUAGGCAGCGUAAAAAAUUUAUAAUAAAGCAAACUUCAGAUAUGAGGUUGGAUCUAAAAUAUCCACAGAAUAAUUUAAAAAAGUGCGAUAAUGAAAACAUUGCAUAUAAAAGCGGAUUAUUGCAGAGCAAUAUAAAUAAAUCAGUUUCUAUUUUGUGAUAAUGAAACAAAAAUAACUGAUUCGAAUUUAGAUCUGAGAUGCAAAGCUGACUGAAGCUCUCUGUCAAUCAAACAAAUAUUGCAUACCAUACUUGAGCAGAAAUGUAUAUGUGGAUUCCAACAUUAUUUUUAUCACCGGUUUUUUAUUGCCUUAUUAGAACUAUCAGUAGUUUUCGAUCUACAUUUACUCAGCUCAUUAUAACCCUGUAGGUACAUCUGAAGUAAUAUUCCUAAUUCAGAAGUUAUUUAGAAAUUAUGCCUUGAAGUUUUUAUUUGAAUUAUUCUUGUCAAAUAAUUAAUAAUCUUUGUUAGAGAUAAUGAAGGACAAAAUAUGAUGUAUAAUUAAGGAUUUAAUCAAUAAUUGAAUCCUUGAUUUUUGUAAUGUAGAAUUCACAGACUAUAUAUCCUAAGAAAUAUCUUCGGGCAGUGAAAAAUCGAACAAAUUCUUUUUGAAUUUUAACAAAAAAUUCAACCGGACAGGUAUACUGAAGCUGUAAAAUUUAUUAGAGUGGUUUUAUAUAAAGUUUGGUAGGUUUAUGAAAAGAUUUACACCAAAACUCAUGGAUUCAUCUUGAUGCGGGGCAAAAAAUAUCUUCAUUUUCAUGAGUCGAGAAUCAAAAUCUACAUAAAAAUAUUCCACGGCUUAUUAACACCAACCUUCCGAUUUAGGGUUUUUAAUAUAAACAUAUAUUUGAUCUGUAAGAUUGUAAAUGCAGUUCAUUAAAAUAUACACUUAGUAGCUCCUACAACAUGAGUUAUUAGUAUAUUUUGCUUGCGUGGAACAAUUUAUAAAGCUACUUAUGAUUUCGUUUGUGAUAUUUUAACACUAAAAGCUACAAAUGAUGUUGAGCAGAUUACAAUUCACCCAACAUAAGUCCAAAGAUAUUACAUUGAAGACGCUAAGAUAUAGUGAAUUUAGAUUUGUUGCCGUGGUCAAAUAAUUUCUACCAAAAAGGAAGAAGCUAUAAACGGAGAAUACACUGUUUACACCACCACUACACCAACACUCACAAUUACACUGUCUGACGCGCAUUUCGAUAACCAAGGUAAACUGAUUACCUUCAGUCUCUGAAGACGAUAAUUUGGUUAUCGAAACGCGCGUCAGACAGUGUAAUAGUGAGUAUUGGUGGUGUAAACAGUGUAUUCAGUUGAAAUAUGUCUUAUAAUAUAGUGAUUGUGGAAACAAAUAAAAAGUAAUGUUCCUUUCACAUUUUUAUGUAAUGUCUUUGCUUAAGAUGUAUACAAACAGUACUUUUUAAAGUAUUUGUAUGUAUGUACUGAAGACACCAAAGGCAUAUUGCACAUCUUUGUGUACGUCUCUUUAGUUUUUUCAUAUCGUUCAUCAACUCGUCUACAUCUCACUUUGGGUCUAUCUCUUUUUCCUCCUCCAAUACUAUGUUAUUGCUUCAUCUUGGCGAUAUUUCAGAAUUUUACCAUCUACUAUAUAAAAAUAAGUCGGGUUUUUCUUCCUGACGCUAUAACUCCAAAACGCACGAACCGAUUUCCACUGUUUUGCAUUCAUUGGAAAGGUCUCGGGCUCCAUAAGGUUUAUAACAAAGAAAAUUCAGGAAAAAGUCGGGUUUUUCUUCCUGACGCUAUAACUCCAGAACGCACGAACCGAUUUCCACGGUUAUGCAUUCGUUGGAAAGGUCUCGGGCUCCGUGAGAUUUAUAGCAAAGAAAAUUCAGGAAAAAGUCGGGUUUUCCUUCCUGACGCUAUAACUCCAGAACGCACGAACCGAUUUCCACUGUUUUGCAUUCAUUGGAAAGGUCUCGGGCUCCAUAAGGUUUAUAGCAAAGAAAAUUCAGGAAAAAGUCGGAUUUUUCUUCCUGACGCUAUAACUCCAAAACGCACGAACCGAUUUCCACGGUUUUGCAUUCGUUGGAAAGGUCUCGGGCUCCGUGAGGUUUUUAGCAAAGAAAAUUCAGGAAAAAUUUCAACAGAAAAGCGGGAAAAUCUUUUUUCAAAUACAGCGCCAUCUCUGAUACAUAGCAUGUACUACAAACCAAUAUUUUAAGUCGAUCAAUAUGUGACUUAGCUUUGGCGUUAGCAUCAUUUGGAAUUGCGGCGACUCUUCUAGAUGGCGGUCGUACUGCACAUUCUGCGCUUAAGUUGCUACUCAAUUUAAACACAAUUGAUACUCCAACAUGCAAUAUUUCCCGAUCCAGUGCAAUGGGAAAAUUGUUGAUGCAAUUCAAGCUCAUUGUUUGGGAUGAGUGCACAAUGGCACAUAAGAAAUCACUUGAAGCCCUUAACUUCACACUGAAGGAUCUUCGGCGAAAUAACAACAUCUUUGGCGGCUUAAUGAUAUUAUUGGCAGGCGAUUUCAGGCAGACGGUUAAAAAAAUUAAUCAUUCCAAAAAUAUUGCAUAUAAAUAAAAUGAAGACACCAUAAUAACAAAAAAAACAGUAAAAGCUUUAUAAUCUUUCAUCAAUCCAAAUUCUAUGAUAUAAUAUUUAAUUGACACAAUAUUGAGUAUUUCGUAUAGGUCAUCAGAAAAUUAUAAUGUACGAAAAUUAAAUGUUUGAUACUGGUCUAAGAUGAUUAAACAAGAGUCGUCGCACUAGUUGAACCAUAUACGAAAUUAGUACUGUAUGUAUACCUGCUUAAAAUUAUUAUGAGAAGUUUAUUAUAUUGAGUGUGAACAAUAAAUUAACCAAUAUUUAUAUACAGGAUCAAAUACAUCUUAAGAUCAUAUACUUGUGAUUGAUUUCCCAAAAAUUUUAUGUACUUUAUAUUUACUGUAAUAAUAAGUUUAAUUUGAGGUACUUAAUAAAAUGAAGUGAAACUACAAA